AUGGAGAUUCGUGGUGGAACUGAUUGGCAUAGAGAUUCGGAAAUCUCAAUGGUUCAGUUGAGACUGCCCAAGACUUCUCCCUCCACUAGAACCUCGAUUGGCGAUAAUGAGGUUCAAUCGCAAAAUUUCGUGCCACAUAGCAGCGCUGAAACAUCACAAAGUGAGCCUGCUAGACUCAAUGGCCGCCCAAAAUCGGAAAUAGAUGAAUUACCUUUCAAAGGAAGUCCCUCUCUAGGACAGAAUCCAAGAACUACAGAAGUCGACAUAAUCGGAGUUCCUGCUAUUGGAGGAGAUCCAGAGAUAACAUGGAUGUCUGAAGCUAAAUUCACACAGGAUGGGCUCUUUCCACUUGAUAAUGAUAGCGAGGUGAAAUCGGCAUUUAUGAGAAUGACUCCUGUGUCACCAGCUUACUCGAUAAAAAACUUUCAUAAAAGGAAGCCUGCGUGGAUUGUCCGCGAUAUUCGUAGCCACAAAGAUCUGAGCAUGGCUCGAGUUCUUUUAUAUGGUCAUGGGUACCCGAAAGACGGUGAUACAUUGAAGCAAUUAGCCACUCUAACCGAUGCUCGAAGGCGAGGAGAUCCAAUUCUUCAUGAUUGUUAUGGUGUCACUUUUUUCGCAACGCCACACAGAGGUUCGAGCUAUUUAUCGCAGCCAGGAUUCUCUGGCAGUAUUCGCACGAUCAUGGGUCUAUCACGGGAACUCCCAAUAUCCAUAACAAGGCAGCUGGAACUGGAUCACGAUUCUCUGAAGCAAAUCGGGAAAGACUUUAAAGCUCUAGCCACGGAACUUAAAGUGUGGACCUUUUUCGAAACAAUAGAUUCAAAUAUUACCGGUCCCGAUCAAGGUAAACCAUUUCAUGCACCUAUCACAUCUAUUAAAUCCGCAAUACUUAAUCUACGUAAUGAGAGUGUAUACCCAUUGGUGAGCACUCAUACAAAGUGCGCCGCGUUUGGCUCCACGAAUGGGCAUACUAAAGAAGCUUAUUUGGCGGCGCUAGCCGCUGUGGUCAAGCAGGCUUGUAAAUUAAGUAAACUCACACACUUUGAACUAAACCUCGAGCGCAGAGUGGAGGUGGAAAUCAACGGCUUUUAUGAAGGCUCUGCUACAAUCCCAACCAACGAGCCCCCAAUCAGAGUCUGGUCAACCAACAGAUCUCUGCACGAUUUUAGACGAGCUGGUCCGACGCAGCUUUUGAAGGAACGAAGGGAAGAAGUAUCAGCUGCCCCAGGGGCCGGACAGUAUUUACGUCACAAUACCCGUGCUCCAUAUUUGCCUAUAGACAAGAUCACUUCCGAUGCCAAGAUCAAGGGUCAUGCGUUGAUUCCUAAAUCAACAUCGAAAUUGAACCCUUUCAAGAGAAGUUCAAGCCCUUCUCCCCAGACUCGACGAGUACCAAAGGUCAAAGCCAAAGGAUCGCCAGAUAUGACUGAGAGUAGAAAAACAGGAUCAGUUCCGUCUCCGCCUGCUUUGAUAAUGACCUCCGAUGUAGAUGACAUCGCAGGUAUAGUUCCAGAAGAAGUAGGGGUACCUACAAAACUGCGUGAUCCAUCCCCAACCGCGCAAUUAAGCUCAAGCGAUCCUGAUGUUGCCAAUUCCACAUCUCGUAUAUCGUUCAAACAGCACAAAACAUCUCUUGACCAUGAGUUGAGCAUUGCGCAGGGCUCACAGCCAUCCAUUCGAAAGUCGCGAACCGAGAACGAAGAAAAUUCGACUAGGCCCGGGCCUUUCCGCAGGCACAGCGAAUCUCUGGCGGUUCAAAGUUCUUUCUUGAGUCCAUCGCGUGCCGAUCUUCAUCAAGAUAAAUCCUCAUCAUCCGCAGGACGUGAAGAAAGCGGAAUUGUUCUCACUCCCAGCGUGCCUCCUUUACUGGACCCUAGUUUCUCAAAGCUCAAGCUUACAUGGAUACACGUACCGUUCAACAAUCCCACUUGGGUCCCAGAUGUUCUUGAAAGAAUAUCAAACGAAAAGGGGCCAGAUGUCCACAGUAAAAUGUUAGAUCACGAGCAUUGGCAUUCAAAACAAGUACGUGGAAGGCAUCAAGAACAUCAUCAUGCUUGUUUCUUAAAGCCUCAUUGUUCUUUUUUUGGUUUAGAAAGUGUGUCACCAUUAGCAUCUCCUAAAAUUGGCAUUGGUUCUGUCGACAUGAAUCAUGUUCAAAUGUGCUUAUAUUUGCCUUAUCUUCACUUUGAUACCUAUAAGGUUCUUGUGAAAAGGAGAGCUUUCGUAAAACAACGAAUCGAGCAAGGUCGAUCGAGACCUGUUCCUCAACAAGUGUCAAAGCUUGACUCGCAAGAGAUUCAAGUCCUUUGGCAGUACCUGGGACACGACCCUCCAAUAAAUGCUCGGCGUACACUAGAUCAAUUUGGAUAUCCAAGUCUUCUCGAUACAAGGGCGAGAGAUGAUGAUCAGAUGCUGUAUAAGAUGACCAAAGAGCGACAUACUAAGUCAAACGGUACAACAAAUAACACUACUGAUGGACAGAACAAUGUGGCUCGGAUGAGGAGAACAGCUCAGGGAAAUGAUAAGGAAGAUGCAGUCGAUGAAAACAGCGACGAUUCCGACAACCCAAGCGAUAGCGAUACGAUGUCUGAUGACGACGUUCUAGAUGGGAAUGUUCUUAUGGUUGAUCAGCUCUGGUUAUGGGUCAUUGAUGGGUCUGUUGUUACUUUCUUCUCUAGCAGAGCUGGGCUGAAAACGGAUGGAAGACUAUUUCAACAAGCCGACCUUCGAGACAGCAUUUUUAAUGAAGUCAACGCUGAUCUUACUUCCCGCUGUGAAAAUUCGUAUGACCUUGCAGCCCUGGUCGCCCUUCAUGCAGUCACUAUCUUGUUCGAACGAACUUCGCAUCCUAACUUGGAAGUCUUCCGAAUAUUUGAAGAGGCAAUCAGCAUUCUGACUGAAAAAAUGACAACAUCCUUCAAAGAUUUCCGUGCACGAGGUUUCCGGGCCAAAGCAGAUGAUAACGACGACCUUAGGACCAGCUCUAUUCGUGCCAAGCAUGCACUUGAAGGGAAGAUUGCGGAGGAGCAAAAUCGUGAAAACACAUCCGCUCUCCUGGAACUCCGAGAUAUCGAGGAUGAGCUGAACACUUUAAAGACCUUGUUUAACGGACAAAUGACAGAGAUUAGAAUCAUGUUAGAUGUUUACGAGAAGCGAAAGUUGACUACGAAUGGGCUGGUAUUCUUGAGGAAUGCUGAGGAGUAUCUCGAGGAAUACACUCAGCAUGUAGAAAAAAUGAUGGAAAACGCAAAGAAUACUAGAGAUGAUUUUGAUAAGCUGCUCGGCAUGAUACAGAGACAAGCACAGGUGGAUGAGGUACGCCUGGCAAGAUACCAGGCUGAUCUUGCCAGUGCGCAGAGCAGAUCUGUUAUGAUAUUCACAGUCUUCACAGUCAUCUUUCUGCCAUUGAGUUUCUUCACAGGCCUCUUUGGGAUGAACGUCCGAGAAUGGGGUGGUGGUGACUACCUUCCUCUUCGCACUGUAGGCGUAAUCGCAAUCCCAACAUCCUCUGCCCUUAUAACGCUUGCACUCAUCAUUGCCUGGAGUAUCCGCAUUCGUCAUCUCUUUAACUAUAUUGGAAAAAAGCUUUCGCAUAUCUACACUAGUAUACACGAACAUGUCAACAAAGCCAUCGAGGGAAUUCUUGAGACUGAGAAGGACUUUGGAAGAAGAAGCAAGUUGAAAGGAUUGAGGCAAAGGAAAAAGAAGAGAAAAUUGGAAAAGGAGCAGACGAGACUGCAUGAUGAAGAUUGGGAUUUCUGGGAAAGUCAUAAAGAGCGUAGGGAGAAGGACUAUAAGAUACCGAACAAAAAUCGGAAGAGUGGGCUCAGUGCAGAGAGCGGUAUUGAGUGA